UUUACUUACAUAUUCUAAAAUAAUUAUGAGAUGAGUUAAUAUUUAAGUAUUUACUAAGUUCCACCUCUGAGUUGCUGUUCGCCCUUCGUCCUAUCCGCUGCCUCCGUUCAUCGUCGGCGUCUUGCGACCCUCUUUCGGGCCUUCUCGAUCCAGUCUCACCUCCCUCUGGUUUCCAACAUCGACGUAAAACUAGGGCAAAGCAGUUGCUUGCUUUACAUGGUUUUUUACUGACGAGGAUUUUGAGAUCUAGUGGUGAUUGGAAUCAAUUUGCUUCAUACCAAUGGCGAGACAACUCUCAACCAAAAUCCUGAGGGCCACAGCAAGUUCUGUUUCCAAUGCAAAGGUUGGAUUUGGUCCAUUCUCUAUGCAAUAUAUGAAUUACUCAACCAAGCAAAGUGGUGAUUCUGAUGUUGCCACCUCUAUUACAUUCCCAUCAAAGAUAACUACCGAUCGCAACACACAUGAAGACUUUCAGCCAACGAACAAAAGUACCGGCUCUUUAUUGGAUAUUGUAGACAAGGAUGUGAAAGAAAACCCAGUCCUGAUCUAUAGGAAAGGUCUUCCAGGUGCACCUCGAUGUGGAUUCAGUGCACUGGCUGUGAAGGUUCUACGACAAUACGAUGUUCCUAUUAAGGCAAUAGAUAUUUUGGGAGAUCUUAAGCUCCAAGAAAGUGUGAAGGCUUACACCAAUUGGCCCACAUUUCCUCAAGUAUUUAUAAAACGAGAGUUUGUUGGGGGACCAGACAUGUUGCUCAAUAUGCAUCAGAACGGUGAACUCAAAGAUUUGCUGGUGGGCAUCAAUCCUGAUGGCGCGACCAAGUAAGGCUGAUGGGAGAAUAGAACUGAGUUUUUUGAUAGAGAAUCCUACUCGAGUCCUUAAAAAAAAAAUUUUCUAAACUAUUUUCACUAGAGAUUGCAAAUGUCUGGACAUUUCUGCCUGAAGUUGGGAUUGCUGUUUUAUAAAGUUUGUUUUGCAAAAUA